UACAGACUGGUAAUACGGAGUAAUAGCGACGACAAUGAGGGCCUGCACAUUGCUUCGAUGCUGGGACAGCGCCACACCUUAGCGUCAUGGAAUGCCAUCUCACAGUCCCGUACGGUUGGGGCGGACCUUAGUAAAGGAUAGGUAGAUAGGGUUUAGUUGAAUUCCGGCUCCAAGGUGCAGGGAGUAGGCCGACACCCAUCAACCCCAUCUCUUAAUAGCCCCCCGAGCAACUUUCGAACAGAGAGCAGCUCCGCUGAAAACUUGGGAAUACUCAUUUGGACAAUGGCAACCUCGUCUCCUCUCCCAGCCGUGCAAACGGCAGUCAAAAUUACGGGCCCCGGCACCGUCGCCCUGAACAAGGCAGCACCACUGCCCGUCCUCGACCCAUCCGAGAUCCUCGUGCGCGUCGCCUGCGUCUCCAUCAACCCCGUCGACGGCAAGUCCGCCGAGAUGGCCCCAUCGCCCGGCGCGACCAGCGGGGUCGACUUCUCCGGCAUCGUCGUCGCCCUGGGCGCCGACGUAGGCACGGACGAGUUCCGCGCCGCCACCAAGAUCAGGCCCCCGUCGAUCGGCGACCGCGUCUUCAGCUGCGCCUUCGGCAACAACCCGCUGCGCCGCGACAACGGCGCCUUCGCCGAGUACGUCGCCGCGCCCGCGCGCCUCGUCUGGCACGUGCCCGAGGCCAUGGACCUGGUGACGGCCGCCACGCUGGGCACCGCCGUGGCCACGGCCGGGCUGGCGCUUUUCCAAUAUCUGCAGCUGCCCAUGCCGUCAAACACCAGCGCCGGCUCCGCCAACCCCGCGGGUUCGGACUCGGAUCCGGUCUUGUCCCACGCCAAGGGCAAUAAUACCGUGGAAGGCCCCUUCGUGCUGGUAUACGGCGGCGGCACCUCAACCGGUGCCACAGCAAUCCAAGUCCUCAAACUAGCAGGCUUCACCCCAAUAACAACCUGCUCCCCAGCCUCCGCAGCGCGCGCCACCCGUCUGGGAGCAGCCGCAACCUUCGACUACCGCUCGCCGACCUGCGGCGCCGACGUGCGCUCGCACACGUCCUCGAGCCUAACCCUGGCGCUGGACUGCAUCACGGACACGACGUCGACCAGCACGUGCUACGAGGCGCUCGGGGCGGCGGGCGGGCGGUACCUGGCGCUGGACCCGUUCGCGGUGCGGUGCCACACGCGGCGCAGCGUGGCGCCGGACUGGAUGUUCGUGUGCAGCAUGUUCGGGCAGGCGAUACCGUGGGCGUCGCCGUUCGACUGGGACGCGCGGCUGCGGGAUCGGGAGUUCGCCGAGGUCUGGUUCACGGUCGCGCAGGGGCUGCUUGAUGCGGGGGAGAUUGAGGCGCAUCCGAGGGAGAUUCUAAGUACGAUUUAUGUCGUGUCCUAA